UUAUAAGGUAUUCCCCCCGUAGGCGAUGGGAGGGUGGAAGUGGGCCGUGCGAUGCAGGAUAUUCUCACAGGAUGUGAUGGCUGGCCAGCAGCCGGAGCCCCACGAUCUACAGGCGAGAGUCAGCUGAGGGGAGGUUUUGGCUUGUGGUCUGUGUUUAGUUACUAUUGAUCUGUGAGUGGGUGUGUGAGGAUGUGAAAUCACGAUGGUCAGGAGGCACCGGACCGAGUAGUCGUCAGCUCAAAGCGAGCGCCAUGGCCGCCUUCCAGCUGCUCUUCCUGCUGAUGGUCAGCUGCGUGGUGGCAUCCGCACGGCCCUCCCGCCAGAUCCCUCCAUGCCAUAUUGUCCAGAUGGAUGUGAUUUGCCGCGAUCUGAGCCUGAGGAGCGCGCCGGACAACCUUCCUCGCGGGGUCCAAAUGCUGGACCUCUCUCUCAACCAGGUGCAGAACCUGUCCCAGAGAACUCUGGCGUAUCACACCAGCUUCCACCGCCUCAACCUCCAGUCCAACAGGAUCCACUUCAUCCAGCCGGGCCUCUUCCAGAACAUGAGUGACCUGAAGGUCCUAGACCUGUCCAAGAACCAUCUGAGUGUUUUUGGCUUCUCUAAAAUCAACGUGGGGCCUCUCACGGCCGUGGAGUCUCUGGACCUAUCCAGCAACGGGCUGUACACAGGGAUGUCGGACUAUUUCCUCGCCGACUCCCCUUUGCUCACAAACCUGUCUCUAAACAGCAACAGCAUCACCAAAAUCGGGCAACACACCUUCAAGGGAUCAUUGUCCUUGAAAAAAAUCAGCCUCCACAACAAUGUCAUCCUGGAGAUCGAAGACGGAGCCUUUGACUCCUUGAAAAACCUGACCGAGCUCGAUUUGUCCAAGAACUCCAUCACGUGCAUCAGGGACUUCAACCUGCAUCGCUUGAAAGUGUUCAACCUCAGUCAGAACAGCAUGGAGCUUUUCUGCAGCGUCGACUCACGCGCUGCCUAUGAGCUGCAGACUCUGGACCUGAGCAAGAACAAGAUGCUCUACUUCCCCAGUCUGCCUCAAAAUAACGUGCUCCGAUACUUGGACGUUUCAAGGAACCUCCUCGGGAACCUCUCCAAAGGCCUCGACACUCCGCUAAAUGACCUGAUGUACCUGGACUUGAGUUACAAUCGACUCACAAACGUGUCCGAGUCCUUUUUCACCCUCAUGGGGUCGCUGGAGGUCCUGAACGUGAGCAACAACUGCAUCGGCUCGUUUUCUGUCACGACGGGCGCCGUCCUGCGGAGCGUGAGGACCGUCCACCUCGGCUACAACUCGCUGCGGAGUCUGACGGUGGGAGCCGACGCGCUGCCGUCGCUGGAGCGGCUCUACCUGCAGGGCAACGACCUCGCCACCCUGGAUCACGGCGUCUUCCAGAGGCUCCCGAAGCUCAGGCAGCUGCAGCUGCAGGGGAACGGCCUGAAGAUCUGCGCCUCGGAGCGAAACCGGCGCACGGGCGACGGCUGCGUGUCCUUUUCCUACAUCCCAAACCUGCAAUUCCUGGACAUCUCUGAAAACAACCUGCCGACUUUGCCCGCGGACGCCUUCGCGGAGACGCCGCUGAGGCUUCUGGACGUGUCCCGGAACCCGGGCCUGGACAUGGACCAGGACGCCCUCUCCGGCCUGGACCGCUCCCUGGUUCACCUCCUCGUGAGGGAAAACAACAUCUCCCGCCUGGACACGCACCUGUCGGCGCUGCGGAGCCUCAAACACGUGGACCUGUCAGGAAACCAGCUGACCUCGCUGCCCCAGUGGAACAAAGAGUCUUCCAUCGAGUCACUAAACCUGCAGAGCAACAACCUGGUCACGCUGGAGGACGGCAACAUGCUGGGCCUGAAGCGCUCCCUCAAAACCCUCUACAUGGGCUCCAACCCGCUGAGCUGCUGCCGGAACCUGGGCUUCGUGCACAUGGUCCAGAGCUCGGCCCUGGACGUCCCCGACCUCCCGUCGGUGACGUGCGUCUACGACGACGCCUCGGCGCCGGUGAACAUCGGGGCCGUGAGCGCGGAGGCGUGCCGCGCGGCAAACACCUCCAGUUACAUCAUAGCGGCGGUUCUGGCGCUGAUCGGACUGGCGGCGCUGCUGGCGCUGCUGGUGAAGUGCUGCCGCUCCAGGAAACGGAAGCACAGCAGGGGCUACAGAGCGUGACGCCAACGGACGCACGUGAGCGCGACAUUUUAGCCCUAGUUUGGAAUCGAGUCCAGAUUUGGGAUGACCUCAUAAAUGAAGAACUGACUUUGGAAACGCGAACGAGCGAAACCUGAACCUCGUGACAACACAUCGACCUGGUUUCUCCUGAAGAGAAGUCUGAACGGACUCCCAAACGCUGCGUCUUGCUGCACCUGGUGGCAAAUGGAGCAACUGCAGCUUCACGGCCUCAGAGGUUCACAGUCUGAACGCAGGGUUUUUGCCUGCUGGUGUUUGAUGUCAUUUUGUCUAAGUAUUGCCUUAUUGAAUGUAAAAGGAAGGAUCCACUCUAGAACAGUUCUAACCCUGAACAGACGGGAGUGAAACGGAGCCAUAACAUUCAUAACAUACGCUUUAUCACUCGUGAUCUAGAGCGUCUGACGCUCACUAACCCAAUUAAUUCGACUUCCUGAAGCUGCAUGAAGGUCGGGAAAGAUCAGAUACCAUCAAUAUUAUCUGUUCAAUCUCUUGAAGAACUAAACUAAGCUUCUAUUCUGAGGCAGUGGUUUCACAGGAAGCUGCACGUAUUUCACGUAUUGCAGUAGCCAAAAUCUGCUUAUUUCACCAAAACGCCUCAAUCUUAUUUAGGGGUUAAAUGAAACAGAAAACAAAUGAAGGCUGAUAAAUGCACGACGGACUGAGGGACAGGAUCAACGUUUGUUGGAAAGCUCUGAGAGUGGAACUUUCCUUUAAGCUAAAAAUAAAAGGGACAACACUACAAAAGGUCAUGAAACAAAACGCUGUUUAUUUAUGGGUGAUGAAGUGUGAUUUGAUGAAGUACAUGCAGGCCGGGAGCCGUCUGAGAUGACUCCAAGCUGUUGUUUAUGGAAGGAACCCAAGCUGUGCCUUUACCCCUCAUGUAGUUUGCACUUUAUAUGUCGUCUGGUCCGCGUGAUUGACUGUUAACACUAAGAUAUUCCGAUUCUGUCGUGUCCUUUUUGCUCGUUUUGGUGCUUCCCCCUUCAUUCAUGCCAUGUGUAAAGAUGGCAAACAGGAAGUUGGAAGUUCAACAAAGCAAUGAAUAACUGUGAUAAAUUAUAUUAAUAAAUAUUAUAUAAAUGACAGAUGUGUAGUGAGCUCCACUGGUAUUCACAGCUUCAUGUGAUGAUGAUGAUGACUUUAGCUUUUUAUUGGCCUCUUAAUUAUCAAGAGGUCGGUUUAGACAGUUUGUAUCUCUUCUCAUCCGGUUUUAUAAAACAAAAUAAGCGAUGUUUGUACCAAAUGAAGCCCAUUCUCUACACUUAUCAUAGCGUGUCACUAUUUUUAUAAUAAAAACACUUAUCUCACCA